ACAGUUGGAAAUCCCCAGCUGCUCCUUGGGCGGGGGCGGGCAUUACAGCCUUGGAAGAGCACAGGGACAGCUGCCCUGCCUGUGGGGCGCUGCGAGUCAGAAUUUGGUGGCAGUAAGUGGAGGUUUGAGUUAUUGCCUCUUGGGUGGCCUUUCCCCUGGGCCAGGUGAAGAAGAUGGGUGAGCUGGGGCUCCUGGCCAUGGACGUGCCGGAGGAGCUGGGCGGUGCCGGCCUGGAUUACCUGGCCUAUGCCAUUGCCAUGGAGGAGAUCAGCAGGGGCUGCGCCUCGGCCGGCGUCAUCAUGAGCGUCAACAAUUCGCUCUAUCUGGGGCCCCUCCUGAAGUUCGCCUCUGCGGAGCAGAAGCAGCAGUGGGUCACUCCUUUCACCGGCGGUGACAAAAUUGGCUGCUUUGCCCUCAGCGAGCCAGGGAAUGGCAGCGACGCAGGCGCCGCCUCCACCACGGCCCUGGCAGACGGUGACUCCUGGGUCCUGAAUGGGACCAAAGCCUGGAUCACAAACUCCUGGGAGGCCUCCGCCACCGUGGUCUUCGCCAGCACGGACAGGUCCCAGAAACACAAGGGCAUCAGCGCCUUUCUGGUUCCCAUGCCAACGCCCGGGCUGACACUGGGCAAGAAGGAAGACAAGCUGGGCAUCCGGGCCUCAUCCACAGCCAACCUCAUCUUCGAGGACUGCCGCAUCCCCAAGGGCAACCUGCUGGGGGAGCCGGGCAUGGGCUUCAAGAUCGCCAUGCAAACCCUGGACAUGGGCCGCAUUGGCAUCGCCUCGCAGGCCCUAGGCAUUGCCCAGGCUGCGCUCGACUGUGCCGUGACCUACGCCGAGAACCGCAGUGCCUUCGGGGCACCCAUUACCAAGCUGCAGGGCAUCCAGUUCAAGCUGGCAGACAUGGCCCUGGCCCUGGAGAGUGCCCGGCUGCUGACCUGGCGUGCUGCCAUGUUGAAGGACAACAAGAAGCCAUUCAUCAAGGAGGCUGCGAUGGCCAAGCUGGCUGCGUCAGAGGCCGCCACCGCCAUCAGCCACCAGGCCAUCCAGAUCCUCGGUGGCAUGGGCUACGUGACAGAGAUGCCGGCCGAGCGACACUACCGUGAUGCCCGCAUCACCGAGAUUUACGAAGGCACCAGCGAGAUUCAGAGGCUGGUGAUCGCCGGGCACCUGCUCAGGAGCUACCGCAGCUGAGUCUGGCCCCAGGGUCCAGGACUGUUAAUCUCGAGAGCCUGGCUCGGGCCGCCACUGGUCCAUAGGUCCCUUCUCCGGGAUGGAUGAGGGGGCUUGGCUGCUGCCUGCCUGCCACACUCCCCGAGGCCACACUGCUGGGAGCAAGUCUCAGAGACCAUGUCAGCCCAGCUCCCUGGACCUGCUACCUCCUCUCCACCACGUGCCUCCUUUUCUCCGUGUGACACUGGCCCCACGGUGGACUCCAUGGUCCUUUGCUCUGGGUCCUGGAUUCUCACAGUCUGCUCUGCGCACAGGACCCAGGGGCUCAGCCUGAGAACUGGCUGGACAGGCUCCAGGCACCCUCUGCUCUGUCCCCGGGUUCAGAGUCAGGAAAAGGUGUUGGAUGACCCAGAAUGACCAGGCUCAACAGCAGAGUCUGGGGUCCUGCCUGUCUUAGUGUAUAGGGUGGUGUGGGCUUGUGGGGAUGACCCAGAGCCCACUGACCUUGUCUCCGUAAAGUACCACAGGGACAGGGUGCCUGGGGCAGUGGACGUGGGGCUGGCUGGGGAAUAAAGCCAGUUGUACCCAG